AUGCCGGUAAACACGGAGAAGGUCCGUCAAAAUAUCAUGCUGCCAUAUAAACUUGCACGCCAGAGAAUGCAGAAAAAUGAGUUGAUGCUAGUGGAUUCUCACAAGCAACAUCCUCGUACAACUAAUGUUUCCACAUUUGGCGAAAUAAAAACGAUCAUUUACAAUUAUCCCACCACAGAUAAAGGAUGGAAGGUUCUUGUGAAUCAUCAUUGUGCUAGUUAUGCGGAUACAAUCCUCAGUAGAUUCACAAAUGAACAGAUUGGUCAGCCCCUGGUCCAGUCGGAUACUGGAUCUGGGGACGUUCCCAAAGUUGAAACUUUGGUGGAGAAGACGCGCCGAGUUCUUGGUCUGAGCGGUAGUGGAGGUGUUGGAGAUGGAACUCAUGGCGCGGUAAAUACCCCGUGUCAUGCUAUUGGCUACCGCGAAACCACUGCGGGCAAUUCGGCACCGUGA